GAGGAAAGGCAGGGCUGCUAUAUAACAGGGACAGGUGACGGGGUGAGAGCAGGAUGAAGAUCAGGACGGACAAGCGUGAGAGAGACAUGACCCGACCGUCCCGAGUAGGAAGGCUCCACCUGACAGUCACGCUGCUGCUGUGCUCCUCGCUGCGCUGCCACGCUGUCGGCCUCAGCGACCUGCUGGACCGGGCCUCCCAGCUCUCGGACAAGCUGCACGCGCUCAGCACAUCCCUGACGAGCGACCUGGACACUCACUUCCCCACCAUGGGGCGGAUCAUGAUGCCCCAUCCAUCCACAUGCCACACCUCUUCCCUCCAGACCCCAAACGACAAGGACCAAGUGCUCAGCGUGCCGGAGUCAGAGCUGCUCUCACUCAUUCGCUCGCUGCUCCUUUCCUGGAAUGACCCUCUGCUGCUUUUGGCACUAGAAGCCCCGACUCUCGCUCACCCAUCCAACAGCGCCAUCUAUAGCAAAACCAAGGAGCUGCAGGACAACACGCACAGCCUGAGCGCUGGACUGGAGCACCUGACGCACAAGAUUGGUUCCUCCAACUCCUUCACCCCCCUGCCGUUCAAAGGAGGCAACCUCGGUCAAGACAACACCUCCCGGCUCAUCUACUUCCACUUCCUGUUAUCCUGCUUCCGAAGGGACUCCCACAAAAUUGACAGCUUCCUCAAGGUUCUCAGAUGCAGAGCUGCAAAACUACGACCAGAGACAUGCUGAAGGAGGCAGGAUGUGGCCCAAAGCCUCACCUGCACCACUGGGGAGAUGAACAGGCAGCACAGUCCGACGGCAAGACACAAAUUGUCCAGAGGUCUGUGAUUGCUAUUCAUGAUGGAUUAACCUUCACUUUGCGCUCAGUUUUAACUUCACCCCAAACAUUUUGGCUAAUUCUUAUUUAUAAAAGAAAAACCAACCCAAGACAUCAUAACAAGUAUUGUAACAAAUUCAGUUAAAAUGUAAUUUAAAUCUAUCUUGCUUUGCGUCAACAUUGUGUUGAUAAUCAUUUUGUAGUGUAGAACUUUAAAUGCUUAAAGAUCUUAAUU